GUUGUGGUGAAUGGGAUUUUUAAGUAAGUCCUUCACUUCUUGAUCUGUGAGAUUUUAUAAGACUAAUAAAAAAAUAAUGUUUUUUUUCCUCCUUUAAUAAAAGAUCAAAGGAAUGUUUUUGUGUGAUAUUUAAAAAAGGUGUAUAAUUAUUAAUUUGCAAUAAAUUCGAAAAAUAAUCAACUUAGAAUGUCGGAGCCGCGCAAGAACCACCUAUCUAUUGAUGGAGGACAAAUUAAAGAGGACGAGAAUGUCGCCUCAUAUAAGCCUAUCCCGGAUUCUGAUGCAGAAUUCCGAAACACAUCGAAACCGACGCUUAGCAAGUCCAAGGAGAAGAUCUCUGACGAGGCUGAGGAGAAACUCUUGGAUAAAGAGGAGGAGGCCAAGAUAGUGACUCGUGUGGACAUGGCCGACGCUAAGUACGUGGUCGGGGACCACAGGAACGGAGACGCCAAAAUUGAGCUGGAUGCCAAUAAGCGGCAAUUUUCCGGACUGACAAAGGAGGAACUGCUGAAGUAUGCCGAUGAUCCAUUUUGGGUGCGCUUGCGCUGGUUCAUGUUCGUGUUGUUCUGGGCGCUGUGGCUGGCCAUGCUUGCUGGCGCUAUCGCCAUCAUCAUACGCGCCCCCAAAUGCGCUGCCCCUGUGCCGAGAGCAUGGUACGAGAAAGGUCCUUUGGUGGACGCGAGUACUUUAGACACCUACGAUGAGCUAGAGAGCGAGUUGCCAGCACUGAAGGGUGCGAACGUACCGGGCAUCUUUAGUGACGUCACACCCACUUAUGAAGUACUCGAUAGCGAGGAUGUCGUCACCAAAUUCAAGGAGUUUGUUGCUAAAGCCAAAGAGUAUGGUGUCCGGGUGAUUGUAGAUCUGACGCCAAACUUCGUCUCGACCGCUCAUACCUGGUUCCAGUUAAGUGUGAAUCGUACAGCACCAUACGACACUUAUUUCACAUGGGCGAAGGGACGCGACUAUGUGGAAACAGAUAGCGGCAGCGUACCAAAUCCACCUAACAAUUGGGUAUCAACAAUGAACACCUCAGCUUGGGAGUGGAACGAGGCUCGCAAGGAAUUCUAUUUGCACCAGUAUGGCAGUGACCAGCCCGAUCUCAACUUCCACAAUCCUGAUGUUGUCAAGGAAUUUGAUAAAGUCCUCCGCGUCUUGAUGAAAGCCGGCGCAGCGGGCGUCAGGUUGCACAAAGUUCGUCAGAUGUUGGUGAACCAGUCGUUGCCUGAUGAAUUGAUGGCGAUCGGUCGCGGCAGCUCACCGGGCGCUGAUCAUUUGAACUAUGCGUACUGGCGACACAAGUACACAGCUGACCAGCCCGCUCUCUUGACAUUAUUGCAACAAUGGGCGGAACUGGUCGACUCUACAGCUGCCGUUAACCCAGGGGCCGGUGAGACAGUGUUCACUGUGGCGGAGGAAAGUGGAGGAAAGUGGACGGACGAGUUGACGUUACGUCCGCGCGCCGCCGCCGCGUUCCGCCUGCGGACCGGCCGCGAUCUCAACGCACUCGUGAAGGAGAUGCAGACGCCGUUGCAACGCUGGCCCGCCGUACAGUUAACGAGCGAUUCUGAGUCCGCGGACGCUGAGCUGGCUGAGCUGGCGUUGUUGCUGCCGGCCGUCCCAGUACUGAGCGUCACACAGCUCCCCGCCGCUACCAAUAACACCGCUACAGGCGAGGGUCUAUCGCAAAUGGUAGCUCUACGGGAGGAUGCGAGCAUAGAACACGGUCAAUUCAGUGUGGCUGCUGUACCUUCGCGACAAUCUAGCAAGCAGUUACUCGCUUGCGCCAGAUGGAAGCCGGGUCACACCGGAUACGUGGCGGUGUACAACCCGUGGGAUGAAGAACAGCGUGCCAACGUUACGCUGAUGGCUUCUGUACCAAGAGCGCUCACCGUAUAUCACGUCUCUAACACAGUUAAGGAGUACACCAAUUAUACAACAAACUAUGCGGUGUCCAGCGACAAUAUCCUGGUACCGCCGAAGUCUAGCGUUGUACUAUCGUACGUGCCAAAGACGGUGGAAGAGCAAUAAAGCUCAUAACGUCAUGUUCUAGAACGCUUGCGCCGUAUCAUACACGCGGCAUAUUAUUUUAAUAUAUUGCAUUUAACGUUUAGGUAUGUCUUAAAUGAGUACCUACUAAAUAUAUAUUGUGAAGCAUG